AUGCUAAGCUUGAAUAACCACAAAGAAGUUGGCAAUUUGUUUGAUAUUGUCAUCUGGGUGAAGGUUUCAACAGAGGGUAGCAAGGAGAAUUUGAGCACAGAACAGUUGCAACGGGCUAUUGUGUGUAGACUGAAACUUGAUAUGGAAAUCACCAGCGAUACUUAUGAAGUUGCGAAGAGAAUAUCAGAAGACUCGAAAGGUAAAAGAUAUUUGCUACUCUUGGAUGAUGUGAAGCAAGACCUAAACUUGUAUGGCCUCCUGGGAAUUUCAGAAAGUACGAAUGGUAGCAAGAUAGUAUUGACAACUAGAUUUGGUCAUGUCCGUUCCUCGAUUGUGAAUAUGGUCAUCAAGGUGAAUUACUUAUCACAAGAUGAGGCCUGGAAAAUGUUUCAGGAUAUCUUGGGAUGCCCAGUAUUUAAAGAUCAUAGAAAAAUCUCACAAUUUGCCUGGAAAAUAGUUAACAAGUGUGGUGGUCUUCCACUCGUUAUAAAAAUGGUAGCGAGUGACUUCAGAAUGAGAAUCAGUGAAGAUCAAUGGGUUGAUGGAUUUAACAACUUCAGAAACUGGCCUGACAUCAAACACGAAGGAAUGGGGGAACUGUAUAAAUUGUUGAGUUUCUGCUGCAAUAAUUUGAACAAUAGUGAUAUUCCCAUAGAUUGUUUGUUGGAGUGUUGGGCUGCUGAAUGUUUUCUUAACAGUAAUGGUGAUGCAGAUGAGUGCCGCAUCAAUGGUCGUAGCAUAUUGCAGCAUCUGAAGAAUGUAUCCUUACUUGAUGAAGGUUUGACCACAGGAUAUGUGAGGAUGCACAAAAUUAUCAGGCAAGUGGCUUUACAUGAUGGUGAAUGUAAACUCUCGGUGAAAACCAAUGAAGCGUUGCAAAAACCCCCAGAUAAAAAAUAUUGGUUAGAGAAAAAUUGGAUCUCUCUGAUAGACAAUGAACUGCAAACCCUACCAGACUGCCCUGAUUGUAGUGUGCUUUCCACACUCUUCCUACAGAAGAAUUUAAGUUUGAAUACAAUCCCUACUUUAUUCUUUGAGUAUAUGGAAACUCUCGCAGUUUUGGAUUUGUGUUGUACAGGAAUUGUGUCAUUACCACAAUCCAUAUCAAAGUUGAUCAGCCUCAAAGUGUGUUAUCUAAAUGGUUGUAGGUAUUUGACAGAGCUUCCUUCUCAAUUGGAAGGACUUAAGCAUCUUGAGGUGCUUGAUUUUCGAGGUAGUGGGGUCAAAAGUAUACCAUCUUUCAUUGAGAAAUUGAUGUGCCUAAGGCGUUUGUUAGUAUCAUUUACUGACAACACUUUUUCAAGGGUAGCUUCUAAUUGCAAAGUGAUUUCCAAGCUUUUUGCAUUAAAGGAAUUGAUCAUUGAUGUGAAAGCUCCUCGCAAGCAAUGGAGUGUUAAGAUGCUAAAUGCUACCAUAGAAAAGAUCGUUCCUGUAAAACUAACCGCUCUCCAAUUCCAGUUUUCGGAUGAGACAGUAGAUAUCGUAAAGCUGGAGGCAUCUACUACAUAUAUCUGUGUUCCCAAUGCAGACAUUCUUAGAAUUUUCAUCAAGAGAGACGACCUUUACUUUGCAUCAUUUCAAGUCUGCAUUGGUUGCCACUCAACCUGUCCUAGAAUUCCUAUGUCAUACCAGUAUGAAAGGUACAUGAAAUGUGAAAGUUUUAAUCCUACUGUUUCAAAGUUACUUGCUAAAGUUGAUGCAUUCGAAUUGGUCAACCACCCUGCUGAGAAUCUGAUGAAGUUUUUUAAGAGCAUGGAUCAGGUCCAAGGUUUGCUAAUUGAAAGUUGCAAUGCAAUUGGAACAAUUGUGGAUGGUAAUUCAACAAUAAACAGCCCCGGGUUGGUUCAACAACUUUCUGGAAUCCAGCAACUAGAAGUUGAAGAUUGCUGUGAAAUUGAAGAGAUAAUUAUGGAAUUUGAGAAUACUGGAACGGAUCCAUUUGUGCUCCCAAAUUUGGAGAAAAUAACACUUCAUAAUAUGCCAAAAUUAAGGAGCAUUUGCGCAAAUGAAUCAUUGGAGUGGCACUCCUUAAAGCAACUUGAGAUACAUGGUUGUCCCAACUUGAGUAGACUACCUUUCAAUAGGGAAAAUGCAUUGAACCUGAGAUCAAUUAAAUCAGAGCAAGAUUGA